AUGAAGCUCUUAUCCACCCUCGUCGCCAGCACCCUGGCCCUGGCAGUCUCAGUCCAGGCUACCGACUGCACUGAAGGCAUGAAGUACUGCCAAAGUGUCUUGAUAGACAUCGACUACACCAAGUAUUCCACCCUGAUCCCGCAGGCUAUAAAAGCGUACGGCUUCAGCGGGGCCUCUCUUCCUCCUGGAUUUAUGAUAGACAACCCCUCAUUCCUGUUUGCAUGUGGCAGUGGUGGAUCGAUCACUGUUGAGAAAGAAUGCACCUGGGGGUGUAACAACGCAGGUGCUGGGCAUAACGAUUACUGUACUUUCUGA